AUGGGGGCGGGCGAGAUAAGAGGCCGCAUGUUCCAUUGGGCGCAAGCCGGCUCUUGGGUCUCCGAGGGCCCAGGGGAUUGGUCCAGGAAGGCGCCUCAUUUGCAUUUGGUUUACCAUAUGAGCCCCAGGGAAGGGUUCGGGGGGACGCAAAGGAGAAGCGGGGCCAGGGCGGCCAGGCAGGCAAAGCGGGGCAGACGGCAGCAAACUUCGCCGCGGAGGCUGCCUGGCGAGGACGGCAGGCGCAGCGGGGGCGCCGCGUUCGAGGGCUUUUGCUCGGUGGAAGCCGGGCUCCGGCGGGCACGCGGAGGAGGUAGAGGCGUCAUGGCCCGCCGCCGCCUGCUGCUGGUCUCGCUGCUCCAGUAUCUCGCCCUCCCGCGAGGGCUCUGCGAGACGGUCCGAUUCCGCGCCUACGAAGAGGAGCCGCCCGGCACCGUCAUCGGAGUGCUGGCGGAGCACCUUGGCGCGGCCGCCGACGGGGCCCCCGGCGGCUUCCGCCUGGUGAAGCAGUCGGGCAACAGCUCGCUGGUGCGGGUGCGCGAGCGGGACGGGCAGCUGAGCGUGGGCGCCGAGCGGCUGGACCGCGAGCAGCUGUGCGGCCCGUCGGAGGCGGCGUGCGUGCUGGCCUUCGACGUGGUGAGCCUGGGCGGCGCGCGGGCCCCGGCGCCGGCCUACCGGCUGCUGCACGUGGAGCUGGAGGUGCGCGACCUCAACGACCACGCGCCGCGCUUCCCGCAGCCGCUGCUGGCGCUGGAGGUGUCGGAGAGCGCGGCGCCGGGCACGCGGCUGCCGCUGCCGCCGGCGCGCGACCUGGACGCGGGCUCCAACGGCAUCCAGAGCUUCGCCGUGUCGCCCAACCGCCACUUCGGCCUGGAGGCGCAGAGCCGCGCCGACGGCCUCAAGUGCGCCGAGCUGGUGCUGCUGCGCGCGCUGGACCGCGAGGCGCAGGCCGCCUACCGCCUGGAGCUGGUGGCCACGGACGGCGGCAGCCCGGCGCGCGCGGGCACGGCCACGGUCAGCGUGCGCGUGCUGGACGCCAACGACAACGCGCCCGCCUUCCCGCGCGGCGCGCUGCUGACCGUGGAGCUGCCCGAGGACGCGCCGCCGGGCGCGCUGCUGGCCCAGCUGGACGCCGCCGACCCGGACGAGGGCGCCAACGGGCAGCUGCUCUACGCCUGGGGCAGCCAGGUGCCGGCCGAGGCGCGCCGCCUCUUCGGCCUCGACCCGCUCUCGGGCCGCCUCAGCCUGCAGGGCGCCGUCGACUACGAGCGCCAGCGCGCCUACGAGCUCGACGUGCAGGCCAGCGACCGCGGCGCCAGCCCGCUGGCGGCCAGCUGCAAGGUGGUGGUGCGCCUGCUCGACGUCAACGACAACGCGCCCGACGUGGCCGUCAGCGCCCUGCGCGGGGCCGAGGGGGACGCCGAUGCCGAGGGGGCCGGGGACGCCGCCACCGCCACCGUGGCCUACGUGAGCGAGGCGGCGCCCGCCGAGAGCCUGGUGGCGCUGGUCAGCGUCUCGGACAGCGACGCGGGCGCCAACGGCCAGGUGCGCUGCGCCCUGCUGGCCGCGCCCCACGCGCCCUUCGCCCUGCAGCGCGCCUACGACGCCAGCUACGUGGUGCUCACCACCGGCGCCCUGGACCGCGAGCGCGUGGCCGAGUACAACCUGACCCUGGUGGCCGAGGACCUGGGCUCGCCGCCCGCCAAGACCGUGCGCCGCCUCACCGUGCGCCUCAGCGACGAGAACGACAACGCGCCGCGCUUUGCCAAGGCCCGCUACGAGGUGGCCCUGCUGGAGAACAACCCGCCCGGCGCCUACCUGGCCACCGUCCAAGCUGCUGACCCAGACCUGGGCUCUAAUGGCAAGGUCACCUACCGGCUGUUAGAGAAGCCACCCCCUGGAUCCCCCACUCCGACCGGCCUGAUCUCUGUGGAGCCCCACACUGGCGUCAUGCGAGCCCUGCAGCCGCUGGACUACGAACAGCGGCUGCACCUGGAAGUUGAAAUCGAAGCCUGUGACGGGGGCACGCCCCAGCUCUGCCAGCGGACCCAGGUUGGCGUCACUGUGGAAGAUCAGAAUGACAACCCCCCUAAAAUCACCUCCCCGUCGCUAAUCAACGGCUCCGCGGAGCUCUUGUUGCCCCUCGGCGCUCCUGUCGGUUUCUUGAUUGCUCGCAUUGUAGCCGGGGAUGCAGACGAAGGCCCCAAUGCUGAGCUCUCGUUCUCCCUCCUUGGGGCCAAGCCCAAGCUUUUUGCUAUCAAUCCGUUGACAGGAGAGCUCUUUCUGAGGCAGAAGGUUCCGGGAGGUGCCUCGUGGAAAAGAACUUUCCUCUUGGUGGUUGGCGUCGGGGACGGUGGCAGGCCUUCCUUGACUUGCACAGCCACGCUGCGGCUUAUUCCCACAGACAUGCUACCCUCUAGCGUGGAGAUUGUGGCUAUGCAGCCCGCAGCGGCUGCUUCGGAAGAGCCCUUGAAUCUCUCUUUCAUUCUGAUCAUGGUGCUGGCAGGCGGCUGUGGCUUGCUGCUUGUUGCCAUCCUUCUGGUGGGGGCCUCCACCUGCGUGAGCAGGAAGAAUCUCUUUGGCGGGAUGGCCCAUAAGCUGAUCGAACACAAGGCCAGGGGGCCUGUGCCAGUGACAGAGCAGCUUUCCCCUGGACAUGUGGACGGCAUCAGCACAGAUUCAGAAUUGAGCACUGCUGCCUCUGCGGGUGAAGAAAGUAGCAGAUCUCCCUUGUGGGUGACAGAGAGGGACGUGCCCAGCUCUUCCUCUCAGGUUAAAGUCCUCAUUCCUUUUCGGCCCACUGUGUGGGAGGCGGGCCAGUCAGCUUCCAGCUUCAGUGCCUGUUCAGCUCCAGAUCACCUGAGUGGGAAAGACAGUGGGAAAGGGGACAGUGAAUGCAAUGACAGUGACUCUGAUGUGAGCAGGGAGGGAUUGAAGAAGGCCUCAACAGAAAAGGUUGAGAAACAAGGUGGAUUCCAGAUACACAUUGACAAGAGUAAGAACUCUGGUGAUCUAGAGAAUAAAAAUGUCCAGCUGUGA